AUGUCGAGGCGCAAGCAGGCGAAACCCCAACACAUCAACUCGGAGGAGGACCAGGGCGAGCAGCAGCCGCAGCAGCCGGCCCCGGAGUUUGCAGAUGCGGCCCCAGCGGCGCCGGCGGCGGGGGAACCGGGUCCUCCCCUGAGCCGCCCCGGACAUGGCGAUGACGUGACCGGUGGGGACAGGGCGGCACUGAAGCGGCCUCGCCGGGAGGAGACUCACAUCUGUGACAGAUGCUGUGUGGAGCUCUUCAGCUUCUCCGAGUUCUUGGAACACAAGAAAACUUGCACUAAAAACCCGCCGGUCCUCAUCAUGAGCGACAGCGAGGGGCCGGCGCCCGGCGAGGACUUCCCCAGCCAGGCCCCCGGCCGGGAGGACAGCCCCCUGGAGGAGAAGCCGGGCGCCGAGCCCGCCGUGUACCUGAAGACGGAGACCCCCCUGCCGCCCGCGCCCCAGGACAUGAGCUAUUUACCCAAAGGCAAAGUGGCCAACACUAACGUCACCCUGCAGGCGCUGCGGGGCACCAAGGUGGCCGUCAACCAGCGGGGUGCGGACACGCUGCCCGCCCCCGUGCCGGGCGCCAGCAGCAUCCCCUGGGUCCUGGAGCAGAUCCUGUGUCUGCAGCAGCAGCAGCUGCAGCAGAUCCAGCUGACCGAGCAGAUCCGCAUCCAGGUGAACACGUGGGCCUCGCACGCCCUGCACGCCGGCGUGGCGGGGGCCGACGCCCUCAAGGCCCUGGGGGGACACGUGUCCCAGCAGGUCUCUGCCGCCGUGGCCUUGCUCAGCCAGAAGCCCGGAGGCCCGGCUCUGCCCCUGGACGCCUUGAAACCAGCCAGGCUACCUCACGCCAACCUCCCCGCCACCAACUCUGUGUCCCCGGGGCUGACCCCCUUCGCCCUGAAAGCCGACGGGGCGCGGGUGCUCCCCGGGGUCGUGUCCCGCCUCCCGGGCGCUUUGCUACCUCAGGCCCCAGGCUCAGUGCUCUUCCAGGGCCCUUUCUCCACCGUGGCGUUAGACCCGGCCAAGAAAGGGAAAGGGAAGCCCCCGAACAUCUCCCUGGUGGAUGUCAAAGCCAAAGACGAGCUCUCCCUCUGCAAGCACAAGUGUAAGUACUGUAGCAAGGUUUUCGGGACUGAUAGCUCCUUGCAGAUUCACCUCCGCUCCCACACCGGAGAGAGGCCUUUCGUGUGCUCGGUCUGUGGCCACCGUUUCACCACCAAGGGCAACCUCAAGGUGCACUUUCAUCGACACCCCCAGGUGAAGGCAAACCCCCAGCUGUUUGCCGAGUUCCACGACAAAACCACAGCAGGCAAUGGCCUGUCGCCUGCCCGCGCCUUCCCUGUCCCAGUCGAUGAGUCGAGUCUCUGUCUCGACAGCAAACCUGUCCUCGUGACAGGUCCCCCCCAUGCAGGGCUACCUCAGAAUCUCUCUUCGGGAGCCCACCCCAAGGACCUCACGGGUGGCCCGCCCCCCGGGGACCUGCAGCUGGGGCCGCCUCCAGAAAGCGAGGGCGCAGCCCUACUCUGCGGGGCGGGGCCAAAGCACAGCUCCCCGAGGGGUUGUGGCUUCCCAGGGAGCGGGACCCCCGAGCCAGGGUCAGAGACCCUGAAGCUGCAGCAGCUGGUGGAGAACAUCGACAAGGCCACCACCGACCCCAACGAGUGUCUCAUCUGCCACCGAGUCUUGAGCUGCCAGAGCUCCCUCAAAAUGCAUUACCGAACCCACACCGGGGAGAGGCCGUUCCAGUGCAAGGUCUGCGGCCGGGCCUUCUCCACCAAGGGCAACCUGAAGACGCACCUCGGGGUGCACCGCAGCAGCGCAUGCGUGAAGACGCAGCACUCGUGCCCCAUCUGCCAGAAGAAGUUCACCAACGCCGUCAUGCUGCAGCAGCACAUACGGAUGCACAUGGGCGGCCAGAUCCCCAACACGCCCCUGCCCGAGCGCCCCUGCGACUUCAUGGGUCCCGAGCCAGCGGUGGUCGGCGAGAAUGGCGGCCCGGGGCCCGUGGGCCACGACCACGCCGGCGAGAGCACCGACGUCGACGACGUCGGCGCCCAGGAGCCCGCCGGGGGCGCCUCCUCGGCCCCCGCACCUCUGGCCUGCGCCCACGCGGCGUCGCCCCCGCUGGGGUUCGCUGUGGUGGCCCCGCCGGAGGCCCCCGGCAGGGCGGGUCCUGCUCCUCUCACCCUGCGGCGGCAGAGCAGCCGGGAGAACGGCUCGGCGGAGAGCGACGCCCCGACCAACGACUCGUCGCCCUCCGUGGCGGGGGACCAGGAGUGUCAGGGCCGAAGUCCAGACGCCCUGGAGACCGCGUCCUUCCAGGCGCCCUCGCCGGCCAACAGCCAGGCGGAAAGCGUCAAGUCCAGGUCUCCCGAUGCCGGCGGCAAGGCGGAGGGUGCCGAGAGCAGCCGCCCUGACUUGGAAGGUCGGACCAGUCUGCCGUCGGCAUUUAUCCGAGCCCAGCCCACCUAUGUCAAGGUGGAGGUCCCUGGCUCCUUCGUGGGACCCGCCAGUGUGUCCCCGGGCGUGACGCCUCUGCUGACCACCCAGCCCCGCCGCCAGGCCAAGCAGCAUGGCUGUCUGCGUUGCGGCAAGAACUUCUCGUCUGCCAGCGCGCUCCAGAUUCACGAGCGGACUCAUACCGGGGAGAAGCCCUUUGUCUGCAGCAUAUGUGGGCGAGCAUUCACCACCAAAGGCAACUUGAAGGUCCACUACAUGACCCACGGGGCCAGCAACAGCUCCGCGCGCCGGGGGAGGAAGCUGGCCAUCGAGAACACCAUGGCGCUGUUAGGCGCGGAGGGCAAGAGGGUCCCGGAGAUGUUUCCCAAGGACGUGCUGACCCCCUCGGUGAACGUGGACCCCGUGGUGUGGAACCAGUACACGACCAUGCUCCACGGCGGCCUGGCCAUGAAGACCAACGAGAUCUCCGUGAUCCAGAGCGGCGGCAUCCCCACGCUGCCCGUGUCGCUGGGCGCCAGCUCCGUGGCGAGCAACCCGGCCCUCUCCAAGAUGGAUGGCUCGCAGGCGGCUCUGGGCGCCGACGGGGAGAAGCCCGGCGCGGCCGACGGCGUCCCCAAGCACCAUUUCCCCCACUUCCUGGAAGAAAAGAAGAUUGCGGUCAGCUGA